ACUCGGUCCCAGCGGAGCGCGCGCCUCAGCUCUCCGCUGCGAAACUCGGCUGUGAAGUGUGGUCAUGUGACGGGCUAGCGAGCCCAGGCGAAGCACAGCCACACGGUUACAUGAGACCGAAUGCCAGCUUCAUUGAAAAAGCUCUGUUAUCGAGAGUAGAGACAGGAGGGACAGACGUUUUCAGUGUGCAGACACACAAAUAACAACACGCAGAAAGCUCUGGGGAACUCGGCGAAAGGGACAUUUUCACAGCCUCAAGAACCUCGGUAGAAGAAAGCAGAAGACACAUCGUUUUAAAAGAUAAAUCAAGCGCAGUGGACACAGCGGGACUAGAUUAUUCAUUCCGAUAACUUCUAUAAGGGCAACCGCCGUUUCAUAUUUUAGUUUUAUUUUUCCUUUCAUUUACUUUUUUCUUUAUUUUAUCACCUGUCCUCAGAAAAGCUUACAACCAGACGGAGUUGAAUUGCAGUGCAGUGCGUAAAGAAAUUGAACGCAACAGCAGGAGACAGAACAGCUCACCGCAUUUAACCUACCAGCAAAAUACAGUAUAUAUAUUUUUUUCCCAUCCUUGGUUCUGCUUGGAGCUGAUUUUUGUUAAUUUUUUGGAAUAUGGUUGGGGAAAUGGAAACGAAGGAGAAACCGAAGCCUACCCCAGACUAUCUCAUGCAGCUCAUGAAUGAUAAGAAACUGAUGAGCAGCCUACCCAACUUCUGCGGAAUUUUUAACCACCUCGAACGGCUGCUUGAUGAAGAGAUCAGCCGGGUACGGAAGGACAUGUACAACGACACGCUAAACGGCAGCACAGAGAAGCGGAGCAGUGAGCUCCCAGACGCAGUGGGCCCCAUGGUGCAGCUCCAGGAGAAACUAUUUGUGCCUGUGAAAGAGUACCCCGAUUUUAACUUUGUGGGCCGUAUCCUGGGACCACGGGGGCUGACAGCCAAGCAGCUGGAGGCAGAGACAGGAUGUAAAAUCAUGGUGCGUGGAAAAGGCUCCAUGAGGGACAAGAAGAAGGAAGAGCAGAACCGCGGCAAGCCCAACCUGGAGCACUCCCAACGAGACCUAAGCAGUGUCCUGAUCACGGUGGAGAACGCACAGGAGAUCAAGCUGAAGAGGGCCGUGGAGGAGGUCAACAAACUACUGGUGCCUGCGGCGGAGGGAGAGGACAGCCUGAAGAAGAUGCAGCUGAUGGAGCUGGCCAUCCUCAACGGCACCUACCGAGACGCCAACAUCAAGUCACCUGCCCUUGCCUUCUCUCUUGCAGCGAACGCCCAGGCGCCCCGCAUCAUCGCCGGCCCCGCCGCCAUGUCCCAGAACGCCCUGCGCACGUCCACCCCGGCCGGCCCCACCCUAAUGCCCCUGAUCCGACAGAUCCAGACCUGCAUGCCCAACGGCUCGCCCCACCCGGGCGUCAUGACCCAGGGUCCCGAGUCGGGCCUCAUAUACGCGUCGCCGUACGAUUACCCCUACACGCUGGCCCCUGCCACCUCCAUCCUGGAGUACCCCAUCGACUCCAGCGGGGUGUUAGGUGCAGUGACUACUAAGGUUCGAAGGCACGAGCUGCGGGUCCAUCCUUACCAAAGGAUAGUGACCGCAGACAGAGCCGCCACUGGCAACUAACCCCUGACCUUCUGACCUUCUGAAAUCUUCAACCAAUGACGACCUGGCCAUUGCCCGCAGAUCAGUUCUUUGGUAGAAGGGGAAAAAAGCAGCCUUGGCUUGUUACAGUCAGUCAAGGCACAGCUUCUCAUCACCUGACUAAUGGACACACUACAAUGGCUUGGCAGCCACCUCCUGCCUGCCCAGUCUGCUUAUUAGGGGGACAGAUACUGGCUCUAGACCUGCACUGAAUCAUUGUUAAGCAAUAAGGUCUGAUAUGCCCCCUCUUAUCCUCCCUGACCGAGUCCCCGCCAAGCAACCCCCAAACACACCACACUCUAAAACACCCUGGUAACACCCGGUUGGUCGCCUCCUGAAGAUCAAGAAGGAUGCAAACCUCCACUCCCCGACCGCCCAAAAUCACCGUACCCCCUGGUCCUGCCACAUCGCCCAGGUGACCUUCCCACUGUCAUGGUAACUGAGCUGACUAUGAAUGUAUAGCAGUGUGGUGAGUCCUGCCGAGUCUCUCUCUCUCUCUCU